AAACUUUCGACGCAAGCAGUUGGAGAAUCUACUGCGUUGCUAUGAGGAGAACGAGAACGACAUUAUCAGUGCCUUGGAGGCGGAUCUGCGUCGCCCCAAGCAGGAGAGUCUGAUCGUGGAGACAGAAUUCAUGAAGAAUGACAUCAAGCACAUUCUAUACCAUCUGAGUGACUGGGUCAAGGCAGAGAAGCCCUCCAAGUCGAUCAUAAAUGUGAUGGAUGAUGUGCAGAUCUACAACGAUCCCUUUGGUGUGGUCCUAGUGAUUGGUGCCUGGAACUAUCCGUUGCAGCUGCUGCUGGUCCCCGUGGCCUCUGCCAUUGCCGCCGGAAACUGUGUAGUGAUCAAGCCCAGCGAGAUCGCCGGCAACUGUGCCAAGUUUAUUGCCGAAGUCAUUCCAAAAUAUCUGGACAAUGACUGCUAUCCAGUUGUCUGCGGUGGACCCAGCGAGACGGCUGAGCUGCUCAAACAGCGUUUCGACUACAUCUUCUACACGGGCUCCACCCGCGUCGGCAAAAUCAUUCAUGCUGCGGCCAACAAGCACUUGACGCCCACCACUCUGGAGUUGGGUGGCAAGAGUCCUUGCUACAUUGACAAGUCGGUGGAGCUGCGUACAGCUGUGAAGCGAAUCCUUUGGGGCAAGCUAAUCAACUGCGGCCAGACCUGCAUUGCGCCUGACUACAUUCUCUGCUCGAAGGAGAUGCAGGACAAGUUCGUGGCCGAAGCCAAGGACGUGCUCAAGGAGUGGUAUGGCGAAAACAUCCAGAGCAGCCCCGACCUGUGCCGUGUGAUCAACACCAACAAUUUCCAGCGCCUGCUUGGGCUGAUGAAGUCGGGACGCGUCGCUGUGGGCGGUAAGUACGAUGCCAGCGAGCGUUAUAUUGAGCCCACAAUCCUGGUCGAUAUCAAGCCGAAUGACCCCAUAAUGGAGGAGGAGAUUUUCGGCCCCAUCUUGCCCAUCUACAACGUGGAGAGUGCCUACGAUGCCAUCAAGUUCAUCAAUGACAGAGAAAAACCUCUUGUAAUAUACGUAUUCUCAAACUCGAACAAGCUCGUUAAAGAGUUCCAGAGCAAUACCACAAGCGGCGGAUUCUGCAGCAACGAAACCAUAAUGCAUUGUGGAGUGGAUGUGCUGCCCUUUGGCGGCGUUGGCAUGAGCGGCAUGGGCUCCUACCACGGAAAGUACGGCUUCGACACCUUCACACACAAAAAGUCGUGCCUGGGCAAGGAUCUGUCGGCGGUCGGUGAGAAGUUGGCCUCAGCUCGCUAUCCCCCGUACUCUGAUCGCAAGGGAUCGUUCUUGUCAUUCCUGCUGCGCAAGCGCCGACCACUGCCUAAUUUAUAUCUGACACAUGUGCUGGCCGUCGGCCUGGGCGUGGGUCUGACGGUUCUGGCCAACUAUUACCUACAGAAAAAUUCAACUGAAUAAAAAGGUCUAAACUUAUACUUUUUAUACGCAUAUCGGUGGGUCAUGUCUAGCUUUGGAUUCUUCGUGUUACACAUAUUAGUUAUUGUUAUUUAGUUGCUAUUUUAUACAAAUGUGAAUGCUUACUACAAUAUACGUCAAAA